AUGUCCACAUCAGCUGCAGCACCCAUUUCGAAUAAGUUAUCCGCCUGUAGACGAAGGAAGCGGCGCCAGCUCUCUUCUCCGAGUCUUCGUUUCUUGACGAACACCACAGCCAAUAGUGACAUGGAUAAGGAUUUCUUUUCGUCGCAGGAAGAGGCCAAUUACCUGUGCCACGAGUCUCCCGCCAAGAGCUCGUGCUUCAGCUUGAAGCUGUCGGAGUCAACGAUUCUGCACAAACAUUGGGAAAAGCGUCGUGCUGUGCGAACCAAAGUCGUCGUCACUUUGAGCUUGUUGCUGUUGGCGGGCGUGGGGACUGCAGCUCUGUCUACUUCGGUAGAUGCAACUGCGUUUACGAUGAAGAUGCGUGGCGCGCACCCAAUAUUUCGUGGCAAGGCUAGUGAGGUCUACGCUGGUGACGAUACCCCAGAGUUCGAAGACGCCAUCCUUGCUGCAGACGAAACGGACAGUCAGCUCGAAACGGACUACGCACUGGAUGAAGACGAACUCGACCCGUACGAAGAGUUCCACCGCAUUGGAAGACAGCUAGAAGCCAAUUAG